UGUACUCCAGCCUGGAUGACAGAGCAAGACUUCGUCUCAAUCAACCAACCAGUAAAGGUUGUGAACACUAUGAGAGGGUCACCGCAGUGAGGGAUGACAGUAGCCAGUGCCUUUAUCUGUUAGUAAACUAAGAAACAAAUGACCAAAGAUUAAUUCUUUUUUAUUUAUGGCCUUUUACACAGUUCAGUCUACAGACUUAAUCUGUGUCUAGUCCUAGGGGCAGAAAGAUCUAUGACUUGGUCCCUGCCCCGAGGCAGCUCAUCUUCUGGAGGUAGACGCAGCAGAAGUAGCUGCUGUGAUAUGGCGUGGGCUCUGUUGGAGAAAACUGGAUCUUGAAACAAGGAAAAAUGUUUCUAGAAUACUCUUAGGACGUGCUGCCAAGGACUGUUGAUGGUGUUGCACUUGAUGGCGAAUGCCUUCUGGAAGCAACCCCGGUGGAGGACAGGGAGUUACUUUUGCUAAGGAGCCAGCUCAGAGUGGAUUCUGUAAGCUGAGCCUCAUCUGGAGCUUGAGUCUGCGCCUCCCUGCAGAAUUGCCGGGCUUCAUGCAGGCAAUCAGCUGCCUGUGAUUGGAGGGCUGGUGCUGGUGGGGAUAAUGAACUUGGUAGUGUCGGCAGAGGUGAUUGGCUGGGCUCUGCUGCAGUGAGAAUGCAGACUGGAUGCUCGGGUCCUCGGCUUGGGUGAUGAGCGAGGACAGCUGAAUAACUGGGAGCUCGAAGUUGCUUGCUGCCUCUGGGAGUGGUCUGCUUGGCUGUCGCGUUUUCCUUUUUUUUGUUGUUGUUUUUUAAAAAAGCCAAACGUUUGCUCACCAUCACCUGCAGAAGUGAGUUUUUACUGAAGAAGCUCCAGCUGCUUUCUCCUUAUUGCCGGCAGCCCGGCAAGGCUCCCUUACAGUGAGCUACUUCUCAGGCCGGGCACGACAGCAGUGCUAGCACAUUUGAAAAAGCAGGAAACCGCCCCUGCAUGCAGAGCUUCCAGCCUGAGAACUCCCAGGCCAGUCUUCCCAGCAGCUGUGUAGCCAGAGAGCCUUGGUAUUGUGGUCACAUCCCUCAAAAGUGAACAGUCACCAUCGGAGGCGUUUGGAGGAGACUGUGAUGUUGCAGAUGCUGUGGCAUUUGCUAGCUAGCUUUUUCCCCAGGGCUGGGUGCCAAGGCUCCAGAGAGGGGGACGAUCAUGAAGUCAGAGGCACCCCAGCCCCUGCCCGGACAGACCAGAUGGCAAGCUUUUUGGGGAAACAGGACGGAAGGGCUGAGGCCACGGAAAAGAGACCCACCAUUUUGCUGGUGGUUGGACCUGCAGAGCAGUUUCCUAAGAAAAUUGUACAAGCUGGAGAUAAGGACCUUGAUGGGCAGCUAGACUUUGAAGAAUUUGUCCAUUAUCUCCAAGAUCAUGAGAAGAAACUGAGGCUGGUGUUUAAGAGUUUGGACAAAAAGAAUGAUGGACGCAUCGACGCACAGGAGAUCAUGCAGUCCCUGCGGGACUUGGGAGUCAAGAUAUCUGAACAGCAGGCAGAAAAAAUUCUCAAGAGAAUACGAACGGGCCAUUUCUGGGGCCCUGUCACCUACAUGGAUAAAAACGGCACGAUGACCAUCGACUGGAACGAGUGGAGAGACUACCACCUCCUGCACCCCGUGGAAAACAUCCCCGAGAUCAUCCUCUACUGGAAGCAUUCCACGAUCUUUGAUGUGGGUGAGAAUCUGACGGUCCCCGAUGAGUUCACAGUGGAGGAGAGGCAGACGGGGAUGUGGUGGAGACACCUGGUGGCAGGAGGUGGGGCAGGGGCCGUAUCCAGAACCUGCACGGCCCCCCUGGACAGGCUCAAGGUGCUCAUGCAGGUCCAUGCCUCCCGCAGCAACAACAUGGGCAUCGUUGGCGGCUUCACUCAGAUGAUUCGAGAAGGAGGGGCCAGGUCACUCUGGCGGGGCAAUGGCAUCAAUGUCCUCAAAAUUGCCCCCGAAUCAGCCAUCAAAUUCAUGGCCUAUGAGCAGAUCAAGCGCCUUGUUGGUAGUGACCAGGAGACUCUGAGGAUUCACGAGAGGCUUGUGGCAGGGUCCUUGGCAGGGGCGAUCGCCCAGAGCAGCAUCUACCCAAUGGAGGUCCUGAAGACCCGGAUGGCACUGCGGAAAACAGGCCAGUACUCAGGAAUGCUGGACUGCGCCAGGAGGAUCCUGGCCAGAGAGGGGGUGGCCGCCUUCUACAAAGGCUAUGUCCCCAACAUGCUGGGCAUCAUCCCCUAUGCCGGCAUCGACCUCGCAGUCUAUGAGACGCUCAAGAAUGCCUGGCUGCAGCGCUAUGCAGUGAACAGUGCGGACCCCGGUGUGUUUGUGCUCCUGGCCUGUGGCACCAUGUCCAGUACCUGUGGCCAGCUGGCCAGCUACCCCCUGGCCCUAGUUAGGACCCGGAUGCAGGCACAAGCCUCCAUUGAGGGCGCUCCGGAAGUGACCAUGAGCAGCCUCUUCAAACAGAUCCUGCGGACCGAGGGGGCCUUCGGGCUGUACAGGGGGCUGGCCCCCAACUUCAUGAAGGUCAUCCCAGCCGUGAGCAUCAGCUAUGUGGUCUACGAGAACCUGAAGAUCACCCUGGGCGUGCAGUCACGGUGACGGGGGGAGGGCCGCCCCGCCGUGGACUCGCUGAUCCUGGGCCGCAGCCCGGGGUAUGCAGCCAUCUCAUUCUGUGAAUGUGCCAACACUAAGCUGACUCGAGCCAAGCUGUGAAAACCCUAGAUGCACCCCAGGGAGGGUGGGGAGAGCUGGCAGGCCCAGGGCUUGUCCUGCUGACCCCAGCAGACCCUCCUGUUGGUUCCAGGGAAGACCACAGGCAUUCCUUAGGGUCCAGGGUCAGCAGGCUCCAGGCUCACAUGUGUAGGAACAGGACAUUUUCUGCAGUGCCUGCCAAUAGCGAGCUUGGAGGCCGGCUUAGUUCUUCCAUUUCAGCUGCUGGCCACGGCCCCUGCCCUCUGGCCUGCCGUGCAUCUCCCCGUGCCCUCUGCUUCCUGCCUCUCUGCUGAUGUAAUCAGGUGGGAGGAGGGCUACAGCCCACAUCCCACCCCCUCGUCCAACCCCGUAAUCCAUGGUGAAAGGUGAGGUCACGUGGCCUCCCAGGCCUGACUUCCCAACCUAAAGCAUCGACGCCAACUUGGCUGUGCAAGGAAGAGGAAAGGGUCUGGCCUUGGUGCUCACUGGCAUCUGAGCCCUGCUGAUGGCUGGGACUCCUGGGCAUGCGUGGGAGUGCAUGGGGCUCGGGCUGCCUGGCCUGGCUGCACAGAAGGCAAGUGCUGGGGCUUAUGGUGCUCUGAGCCGGCCCAGACCCCAUCAGGAUGGGCACCACCUCAGAACCAAACUCACUGUCCCCACUGUGGCAUGAGGGCAGUGGAGCGCCGUGUUUGAGGGCGAAGGGCAGAGCGUUGGCGUGUUCUGGCAAGGGAAGGAAAAGGUGUUGGAGGCCUUAAUUAUGCAUUGUUGGGAAAAGGGUUUUGUCCAGAAAGACAAGCCAGACAAAUGAGCGACUUCUGUGCUUCCAGAGGAAGACGAGGGAGCAGGGAGCUUGGCUGACUGCUCAGAGUCUGUUCUGACGCCCUGGGGGUUCCUGUCUAACCCCAGCGGGGGCGCAGCGGGACCAGCCUCACAUUCCACUCGUGUCACUGCUUGGAACCUAUUUAUUUUGUAUUUAUUUGAACAGAGUUAUGUCCUAACUAUUUUUAUAGAUUUGUUUAAUUAAUAGCUUGUCAUUUUCAAGUUCAUUUUUUAUUCAUAUUUAUGUUCAUGGUUGAUUGUACCUUUCCAAGCCCACCCAGUGGGGUGGGAAGAGAAGAAGAAGGGGGACCUUGGGCCGCCGCAAUCACAUCUGUCCAGAGAAAUUCCUUAUGGGACUGAAGGCAGAAAAGCGGCCAGAAGGCAGCAGCCCUGGGUCCUUUCCUUUGGCAGAUUGGGGAAGGGCUUUCCCCAAGUCUUAGGAUUUCAGGGUUUGACUAGGGGCGUGGAGAGAGAGGGAGGAACCUCAAUAACCUUGAAGGUGGAAUCCAGUUAUUUCCUGCACUGCGAGGGUUUCUUUAUUUCACACUUUCUGAAUGUCAAGGCAGUGAGGUGCCUCUCACUGUGAAUCUGUGGUGGGCGGGGGCUGGAGGAGAGGGUGGGGGGCUGGCUCCUUCCCUCCCAGCCUUCUGCUGCCCUUGCUCAACAAUGCUGGCCAACUGGCGACGUCACGGUUGCACUUCCAUUCCACCAGAAUGACCUGAUGAGGAAAUCUUCAAUCCUCAAUAGGAUGCAAAGAUCAAUGCAAAAAUUAUUGUUAUAUAUGAACAUAUAUAGUUAUAACUGGAAUCGUCAAAAAGCAAAUUAAGAAAGAAAUGGAAGUUGGAAGUUGUCAUUUAAAGCAGCCUUCUAAUAAAGUUGUUUCAAAGCUGA